AUGUCCUCCUCCUCAUCACCAAUCCAAGUACCAGGGGCACAAGAACCCGAAAAGUCAACCUCCUACUACGAAUCCACAAUGCGCUGGAUAGAAAACACAUACCUGAGCUGGUUCGGCGAGAACAGAACAUCGUACGGUAUUAAA